AUGUAUCAUGAAUCUUCAAGUUUAAAAACUGCAAAAGAAGCAAAUACGACUGAUCUCUACAGUCUGAAACUUCUCAAACCCAAUACUAAUACAGAUGAAGUUUCAUCAAGUGAAAGUCUUAGACAAAUUACACAACAAAUAAAUGGUCUGAUGUCACAAACUCAUGCAUUAUUAAAUGGAAGUGUGGAAACAAGUACUACACCAAAUUCCAAUAAUUCUGAACUAGAAAGGCGAAAUCAAGAACUUGCAGUUCUUUUAGAUAGUCAUCGCCAAGCCAAUGAACAGUUACAGUUUCAAUUACAAGAAUUAGUAAGAGACCUUGUAUUAUUUUUAUAUUUAAUUUUGAUUUCUCGUUAUAAUAUAGAAUCCUGUAGCAUAAAACAUUGAAUAACAACAGAAAUCUGCUUUAUUGGAUCUCACUUAAAUUGAAUAAUAGUUUUUCUAGUACUUUCAGGCAACUGAGCCUAUUGUCAAGAGGUAAGCCAUCUUA